CCGAUGCAGCACUUCCCUCUGAUGCGGCCCCAUUUUAUGGAUUCUAACAUGGACUAUGAGAGGCCAAAUGUUGAGACUAUCAAGUGUGUGGUGGUUGGGGACAACGCUGUUGGAAAGACCCGACUCAUCUGUGCCCGGGCCUGCAAUGCCACACUUACACAGUACCAGCUACUGGCCACACAUGUGCCCACUGUCUGGGCCAUAGACCAGUACAGAGUCUGCCAGGAGGUUCUAGAAAGGUCCAGGGAUGUUGUGGAUGAUGUCAGUGUGUCUUUGCGCCUCUGGGACACUUUUGGUGACCAUCACAAGGACCGCCGGUUUGCGUAUGGCAGGUCUGAUGUGGUGGUAUUGUGUUUCUCCAUUGCAAACCCAAACUCACUUCAUCAUGUGAGGACCAUGUGGUACCCCGAGAUCAAGCAUUUCUGUCCCAGAGCUCCUGUUAUCCUAGUGGGCUGCCAACUAGACCUGCGAUACGCUGACUUGGAUGCAGUGAACAGAGCUCGCCGGCCACUGGCCAGACCCAUCAAAUCCAAUGAGAUAUUGGCCCCAGAAAAAGGACGUGAGGUGGCUAAAGAGCUAGGCGUACCUUAUUAUGAAACUAGCAUUGUUGCUCAGUUCGGAGUCAAAGAUGUUUUCGACAAUGCUAUCCGCGCUGCCCUUAUUUCACGCCGUCAUCUGCAGUUCUGGAAGUCUCAUCUACGUAAUGUUCAAAGGCCACUUCUCCAAGCCCCCUUCCUUCCCCAACCCCCUCCACCCAUUAUCACGGUUCCCGCCGCCCCCAGUAAUAUUGAAGAGCACCCUAGCCGCCUGUUGGAAGAUCCACUCUGUGCUGACGUCAUCUUAGUCCUCCAGGAACGUCAGAGGAUCUUUGCCCACCGCAUUUACCUUGCCACUUCCUCCUCCAAGUUCUUCGACCUCUUCUUGACAGAACCUCGAGCUCCUGAGGAGAAUGAACGGCAGCGAGAACGACCCCGAGGGCCGCCGCUUUCUGGCCGUGACUUGCUGAUGCGGGCAGCUAGCUUUGACGUUUGCGAAAGUAACGGUGAUGGUGAUAGGGUAAACUUGCGUGCCUGCACCAGUGAUGGAACUCUAAUAGGUGGAGAUGGAGAUCGCCGUGGUCGUCUCCUCCCAGCCUUGAGUCGUGCUUUCAUUAGCAUCCAAGAAGAGAUGGUGGAUGAUCCCGUCACCUUCAACCCUAGACAAAUGACUGUGGUACACAUGGAUCCUUCAAUGCAGGCCGGUCCAUUCCGAUCUGUGUUGCGGUACCUGUACACAGGUAAACUCGAUGAGGGGGAGAAUGAGCUGAUGCAGGUGGCCCACAUUGCAGAGCUUCUGGAAGUGUUUGACCUGCGUAUGAUGGUGGCAAACAUCAUGAACAAUGAGGCAUUCAUGAAUCAGGAGAUCACCAAGGCCUUUCACGUUAGACGCACCAAUCGAGUGAAGGAAUGCCUGGCCAAAGGGACCUUCUCUGAUGUUGUGUUCAGGUUGGAUGAUGGCACCAUCAUGGCCCAUAAACCGCUGCUCAUCUCAAGCUGUGAUUGGAUGGCAGCCAUGUUUGGUGGACCAUUUGUGGAGAGUUGCACAAAAGAGGUGUUGUUUCCUAACACUACACGUAGCUGUAUGCGUGCUGUGCUGGAGUAUCUCUACACUGGCCGCUUCUGCUCUCGCCCAGAUCUGGAUACCAUGGAGCUCAUUGUACUUGCAAACCGACUCUGUCUGCCUCACCUGGUUGCACUUACAGAGCGCUACACUGUGACGGUACUAACAGAGGCUGCUAUGAUGGGAGCUGAUAUAGAUGGAGAUGUUCUGCUCUAUCUAGACAUAGUUCAGUUCCACUGUGCUCAUCAGUUGACUGAUUGGUGCCUCCAUCACAUCUGCACCAACUACAACAGAGUUUGCCGCAAAUUCCCUCGUGACAUGAAGGCCAAGUCUACAGAAAAUCAAGAGUACUUCGAGAAGCAUCGCUGGCCUCCGGUGUGGUAUCUAAAAGAAGAAGACCACUAUCAGCGAACUCGUAAAGAGCGCGAGAAAGAAGAUUACUUAUACCAAAAGCGCCAGUGUAAACGCAAGUGGCUCUUUUGGAACCUACCAUCUUCACCUUCCUCCAAUUCUUCUCCUGGUUCCUCUGCAAUCAUCUGAUUUGGAGCAUGACCCACCUAACAGCCCCA